AUGGAUUUGUCAGAAGUAAUCAGCAGUAAAUUUGGUGAAAAAAAUUUAAAAAAUAUCCUGAGCAAAGCGACUGGUCAUGAAAUUUCAAAAAUUUCUGAUACGGGGUGCGAAUUUGAGGCUAAUUCUACAAAAGGUGACAAUUAUCUCUCAGUAGUGCAUCGCGUACGGAUCCACGGUCUCGUUGAUGGUAAACAAAUAGAGACUAGAGUAAUUAUUAAAACAUUGCCACGAAAUAUCGCGACUCGAAAGACUUUCCGGAGUGCGGAGUUUUUUGAAAAUGAAAUAAACUUUUACAACAAGGUUAUUCCUUUGAUGGAGAAAUUCCUGGAGACUAAAGGUAAAAAAAAUUUUCUACCUGCUCCAAAAUGCUGGGACAAAUACUUUGAUGGAGAAAAUGAUUUUAUCGUUCUGGAAGAUAUCAGAACUCGUGGGUACGGACAUAUUGCAAGACAAGAUCCUUGGAAACUUGAAAAUAUUAAAGUUAUACUGAAAACUUUAGCGCAAUUCCACGCUAUAUCAUUCGCGUUUAAGGAUCAGUGUCCUGAGGUAUUUUCUCAGAUACCAAAAAUUCUUAAAGAAUGUUUUUAUGGUACUGAAAAACACUGGGCGUGGUAUGGAGAGUAUUAUAAUGAGACAUUAAACGUCGCCAAGGACGCGGUUUCAAAAGAAUACCCAGGAUCAUCAGAAGAGAAAAAGUUUCUAUCAAUUCCCGCCCGUUUCUUCUUCGAAAAAUCAAUGGAGAUUUGUAGACAUCCCGAAGCUCCAACGUCUGUGGUAACUCAAGGUGACUCUUGGGCAGCCAAUUUCAUGCUUAAUUUAUCAGAAAAAAGUUCAUCUAGCGACCAAGAACCAGCGGCUAUCUUGUUGGACUUCCAACUAGCCAGAUGCUCCAGCCCAGUUACAGACAUUGCUUACUUUUUGUAUACAAGUACCGAUAAAGUAACUCGUGAUAACCACUUCCAAGAUCUUCUCAACUAUUAUCACUGCAAUCUUAUCGAAACGGUUGUUUCUCUUGGCUCUAAACCAGACUUGUAUCCGCUGGAUACAUUUUUACAAGAGGUGAAGGAAAAAUUCAUUCUAGGAUUCGGAUUUUCAAUAGAAGCUCUACCGGUUAUGACACUCGACGAAUCAGAAGCGUUUGAUAUCGAAGAUAUUCAGGGAACUGAAGCCGUGAAUAUUUCUAAAGUAUGGAAAGUUAAACCGAUAUCGUGUAAGAAAAAUCGCAAGCGAGUUGCUGAUGCGAUGUUAUUGACGGAAAAAACACUGGAAAAUAUUGUAAAACAGGCAACUGGAGGAAAUAACAUCGAAAUAAUUGAUUGGAAAAGUGAGGAAGCUUCUAAGAAAGGUGACAGUUACUUAUCUACUGUUACGAGAUUGACGAUAGAAGCUAUUGUUGAUAACAAGAAUAAUAAUUUGAAAGUUGUCAUCAAGUCGCUGCCGGAUAAUUUGGGCCGCAGGAAAACUUUUCGCAGCGCUGAAUUUUUUCGAAAUGAAAUAACGUUUUAUACAAAGGUAAUGCCGUUAUUUAGAUCAUUUCUAACAUCAAAAAACCAGAAUCAUUUGCUGCUGGUACCGGACUGUUACGCUCAUAUUUUGGAUGGCGAAAACGACUUUAUUGUCUUAGAAGACGUGACAACCCGAGGAUUCGGUCCAGCUUCGAGGCAAAGUACUUUAAGUAUCGAAGAAUUCGAGCUUAUCCUGAAAGCUAUGGCGAGAUUCCACGGAGUUUCUUUUGCUUGCAAAGCCAAUGACUCCAAAAAAUUUUCAGACGUCUCGAAUCAGUUGAUAGAAACUUAUUUCAGCGACAACCAUUGGGAUUGGUACAAGACUUUCCACGGAGUCGCAAUUAAAAUUGCAAAGGACGCGAUGGAAAAAGAAUAUCCCGAAACAGAAGAGCAGAAAAAAUUUUUAAGCAUCCAGGGCAAUGAUUUGUGGCGCAAAAGUGUCCAAGUUUGCUCUCAAACUACGACACCAUCAUCAGUAAUAAACCAAGGAGACGCUUGGGCUCCGAAUUUCCUGAUGCGCAGCACUGAGUCUGGAGAAAAAGAAGCUUUGCUUCUAGAUUUCCAGCUAGCGAGAUGCGCUAGUCCAAUUGCUGAUCUUUCAUUCUUCAUUUAUUCUUGCUCAGACACAAGAUUGCGCGAAAUUCAUUUUGAUAAACUGCUUGAGUUUUACUACAAGCAUCUCGCGGAGACUAUCAAGGUUCUCGGGGGUAAUCCGGAUAAUAUUUAUAGCCGAGAAACAUUUUUUGGUGAAGUACAGAAAGAAUUUGGACAUGGAUUGAACUUUUGCUUGGAAUCAGUCCCUCUGAGUAUGUUAGAAGAAGAUGAACUGUUUGAGUUAGACGAAAUUCAAGGAACCACAGUGGAUCUCGCGGAUGUUUGGAAACUAAAGCCGAUUGAAAAUAAAGAAAAGAGAAAGCGGCUUGCUGACAUUAUCAUGCACGCGAUACAACAUGAUUUUAUAUAA